AUGCUAUCUGUUACGUCCAAAUCGACUUCAAAAUCACUUGAUAUCGGUGUUAGAAAAGACACGAGUCGUAUAAUAAUGACUCAAAUGAAUGAUGAUGACAAGCCGCUUGGUCCAUCAAAAAUUGUGCAAUUACAAGUGUUUUUUGAUGAACUUUUCGAAAAGUUAUUCAACUUGAUUACAAAUAACGGCGUUGUUCGCCCGGCUGAAACUGAAUUAAUACAAAUGAUUAUUGGUCUAAUCACUGAAAUGAUACACGAGCUUAAUCUUGAAUUAGCCGUCUUUCAUUUAUCAUUAUCAAAACGUUUAUCAUCAUCAAUUCACGUCAAUGUGCUCAUCUUACUUACCGUAUUACACUAUCAAGAACGGCAUUUUUCUGAACAGGUUGAUAGAAUGGAUAAAGAAAAGCCGCGUCUUCUGAACUAUUUUAUCAACAUGGUAGGUAUCGUCCCGAUUCGUCGACAAAUCGGACACUUCAAAGAAAAUACAUCAGAGAAUUUCAAAGGCGGGAGGGGCGGUGUGAGAGUGAGUGUCGACGAAUCGGGACUGAAUCACAUGCGUAGUUUAUCAAACUCAUCACAUAAAAUUAUUAAAAAUAAUCUUCAGACACAGCAAAAUUUGAGUAGAAAAGAAUUACAACAGAUUUGUAAUGGAAAACUACAGACUGCUGAUGAACGAUGGAUAUUAAAAUAUAUUCAACAGCCUACAGAUACGGUGGUUGAAGAAUUUCAUCUGCAUUGGAAUAAUAUCGAAAAGGUUAUUCAUCAGCAGGUACAAAGAGAGAAAAAUCAACAGCGAGGACUAAUAGUUAUAAACUUUUUCCAUAUUAUCGGGUCCUUGUCUUCGGCUUUAAUUAACCAAGGAAGUGUAGCAAAGUUUGUUGAUGAACUUUUCUUAUCAUCAGCUGGUGUCGCAGAUGAAAAUUUAAAAAAUAAAGGACAAUGUAUGGUCUCCGGGUUAUUUGCAUAUUUAAAAAAUAUUUCACUACCGAUGUCGUUUACCGUAUCCAAUAAUUCUUACACAUUAAGUCCGAAAGGUGUCAACUAUUUUCAAAAAUUACCGAAACCUAAUCAAAAAUUAUCUAACCUUAUCGAUUUAAUGAACAAAACAGACAACAACAAUACUGUUCGAAAUGAGGUACCAAUUACAUCAAUUAAAAACUUUUGUUUCUUCUUGGAAAGUAUCAUAGCAACUGAAAAUAAAUUUAUGGAAAAAUAUGAUGCUAUACCAACUAUAUUUGCACAUUAUGAUAAAGAUCAAUCUUAUAUAAAACUGCUGGAUAAAGCACGUGGCUGUAAUGCAAAAUGUCCAUGUUGUCUACGUCCGUGCGAUGUUGAUCAUGGCCUCGUAAAAUCACACCCUGGUGAUGAUGGUAAUAAACAUAGCUGUACCACAGGUCAUCAACUACGUGCGUUCUCCGGUAUAAAAUUUGAAAUUACAAAUGAAGCGAGUUUAAAACAAUGGGAUCAAAUUGAUAAUAAUGAUUAUAUUUUUGUCAGGGGUACGAGAAAGAAAUGGUUUGAAAUGAAAUUUGAUUAUCCAGCAUGGGAUUUUGAUUUGUUAACAACGAUCGAAGAAUCAAAUAGAUUAAAAUCUAAAUUUUUUAUGGAUUACGUAACAAUUAACACAGCACAACCAGCACUAGCGGCUUAUCACUAUGUAUUAUUGUUAGAUAGUUCAAGGUCUAUGAAUGGCGACAGAUGGCAAAAUUUAUGCGCCGGUGUUAGUAAAUUAGUCAAAGCACGAAUGACUAGCGGUACAGCUGAUCGUUGUACAAUUACAGAUCAAGACACUGUUCACGGAAUCGCGCACCGACUCGACCAGCCAUGA